CUCGAGCCAACGUCGUUCCGCAGCGUCGAAGGCGCACAAAACUUGGGCCGUCCGAAUGCUGGCAGGCCGCCAUGCUAUCCGCAUUGCGUCCCGAACCAUCGUUCUUGGUCGACGCUCGUUCCCACAUCUGAUAACAGCCAGACGCGUCGAGUCAGCUCUAUCCUUGCCUCAUCCCUCCUUUGCCCGCUACCUUCAUCUCUCUUUGCCCACCAUGGCCGAAGUCGCAGCGCUCACAAAACGUCUCGAGUCCCUCCAAGUGACUACGAUCACCUCUAUAUCGCACACAGAGGCAACCACCCCGGCAGCCUGGAGGGAGGUCAUCCAGGCCUCCGACGCUCCGAAAGGCUUCCAGCUCGUCAAGGUGCUCGUCUUCAAGCCUAAGACAGCGAAGAACGCAACCCCCGUCCCAGUGGUCGUCAUCGCGAAAGAUGAGACAGAGACGAGCUCGGGUGCUCUGGGCAAGAAGCUCAAUCUGAAAGAGCUCCGUCUUGCCUCGGAGGACCUCCUUCAAGAGUUCUUUUCUGCCGAUAAAAACUCUCUCUCUCCCCUCGCUCUUACUACAGAAAACUUUCCAAAAGUGACCACAGUGCUCGAUACAUCUCUGAUCGACACCACUGCCCCAAUCGCUGUCCGCGCUCUCUCUUCAAACAUCACCACCUUCCUCUCCGCUUCAGAGCUUCUCUCCUACCUCCGCAAACUCGAAACGGACACGUCCAAGAUCCACGAAGUCGAUUUUGUCGCCCUCAAAGCUGAUGCUACUGCCGACGGAUCCUCUGCCCUCCCCGCCACCACCAAGCCUGAAAAGAAGAAGGUCGAGAAGGAGGAUGCAAAGAUCGAGGGUGCCAUUCAGGUGGCUAUUGGUGUGAAGAAGGAAGUUGAUUUCGCUACGUGGUAUACCAACGUCCUGUUGAAGGCAGACAUGUUGGAUUACUAUAGCGUCAGCGGAUGCUAUAUCCUCAAGCCCUGGUCCUACAGCAUCUGGGAGUGCAUCCAAGAAUGGUUCAAUGUGAAGAUCAAGGAAAUGGGCGUCGAAAACUCCUACUUCCCCAUGUUCGUGUCACAGCGCGUCCUCGAGCGGGAGAAGGACCAUAUCGAGGGUUUCUCUCCGGAAGUCGCUUGGGUCACACGAGCUGGCCAAUCAGAACUGGAAGAACCUAUCGCCAUCCGUCCGACGUCAGAAACUGCUAUGUACCCUUACUACGCAAAGUGGAUUAAGAGCCACCGUGAUCUCCCCCUCAAAUUGAACCAAUGGAACAGCGUUGUCCGCUGGGAAUUCAAGAACCCCCAGCCCUUCCUCCGUACCCGCGAGUUCCUCUGGCAAGAGGGUCACACCGCGCACUUCACCAAAGCCGAAGCCGACGCCGAAGUCCUCGAAAUCCUCGACCUCUACCGUCGCGUCUACGAAGAGCUCCUCGCAGUGCCCGUCAUCACCGGUGUCAAAUCCGAAAAAGAAAAAUUCGCAGGCGGUCUCUACACCACGACCAUCGAAGGCUUCAUCCCCACCUCCGGCCGUGGCAUCCAAGCCGCCACCUCGCACUGUCUCGGCCAAAACUUCUCCCGUCCGGAGAUGUUCAACAUCUUCGUCGAGGACCCGAAUGACCCGACGGGCGCGGGGAAGAGCUAUGUGUGGCAGAACAGUUGGGGUCUUUCGACGAGGACGAUCGGCGUGAUGGUCAUGGUGCAUGGUGAUAACCAGGGAUUGGUGUUGCCUCCCCGGGUGGCGAGCGUCCAGGUCGUCGUCGUUCCUUGCGGUAUUACCGGCAAGACGUCGGACGACCAACGUAAGACGAUCAACGACAAGUGCGCCGAGCUCGUCAAGCAGCUCAAAGCCGCCGGCGUCCGCGCCAAGGCCGAUCUGAGGGACGGAUACACUCCUGGCUGGAAGUUCAACGAGUGGGAACAGAAGGGCGUGCCACUUCGUCUCGAGAUCGGACCGCAGGAUCUGUCGAAGAAGCAGACAUUGGGCGUGCGGAGAGAUACGGGCGCUAAGGCGCCGUUGCAGUUGGAGGGCCUUGAGAAGAGCGUCCCCGAGCUUUUGGAGACGAUCCAGAAGGAGAUGUUCGAGAAGGCGAGGGAUAUCUAUCAGAGCAGGGUGAAGGAGGUGACCAAGUGGGAGGACGUCGUUCCUACGCUUGAUGACAAGUGUGUCGUCGCGAUCCCGUGGUGUGAAGUUGAGGCCUGCGAGGACGACAUCAAAGAGCGUAGCGGACGGGCUGCCGAGCCCCAGGACGAGCGCGCUCCUUCCGCCGGAGCCAAGUCUCUCGCCAUCCCCUUCGACCAGAGCCGCUGGACUCCUAUCGAGCCUGGCAAGACGAAGUGCCCUGCUUGCGGUUCAGAUGCUAAACGGUGGACCCUCUUCGGUCGCUCGUACUAGAGGUUUGUUCUCCCGUCGCCGCUCUGUUUCCGUUGUUUCUUGCCGGGGUUGUCGUUAGCUAGAAGUCCAGAAUGACAAAUGUAUGACUGCUUGAUUGCACGAGGUGGUAGCCGCCACGGAUACAUCAAU